AUGAAGGUGGAAAGUGUUUUAAUUUAUCUCUUGGGAUUACAAGUGGUUUUAAGUAGGAUGAGACAUUCACCUGUGUUGUCUUUUAUAAUGUAUCGAAAGCCACCAUGCAAAGAUGAAGGAGAUAUAUGCAUAGAUAUUUACAAGUGUCCAUAUUUUGUGAUGCUAAUGAAUGUAGUCCAGAAAACAAAUCCACACUUUGUUAUAACAGAAAUGAGAGCACACCAAUGUGGCUUCAUCGACGAUCGUCCGAAAAUGUGUUGUACACCUAUAAAGAACGAAACGGAGAAAGAAGAAACAUUAAGUGUCGAUAACGAAAAUCAAGAUGUAUUGCCCUUUAACUCUUGCGGUAACGUGAGAAUGCAUUCAAGAAUCAUUUAUGGCGAGAAACCUAUCUUGGGUGAAUUUCCUUGGAUGGCUAUGUUGUUUUAUACCACAAGUAAAGGCCCCGAAUUUCUAUGUGGAGGAAGCCUCAUUUCCGAGAAAUAUGUCCUUACAGCUGCUCACUGUAUUAACGGUAAUAUUCUUGGUGUGAGAGUCGGAGAAUACAAUAUCUACACAAACAAGGAUUGCGAACCUCACUCGAGUGUGUGUGCUCCUCCCUAUCAGGACUUCUACAUAGACACCAUAAUUAUACAUCCAAGGUACAACAGGAGGAGCCAGGCCCACGACAUUGCCAUAAUUCGAAUGAGCCAACCUGCAAAUUUGACUGAUUAUGUUAGUCCUAUUUGUCUACCAUUCAGCAAUACUACAUAUCCAGAAGCAGGCAUAAUGACAGUUGCAGGCUGGGGUAUGACAGAAAAGGGUUACAGAAGUCCCAUCCUGAAAAAAGCGGAUAUACCGUUGGUACCCCUGGAAACAUGCCGAAGGAUAUUUCACAACUACGCCGUCCUGCUGGAUAGUCAUAUGUGUGCAGGAGGAGAAAGGAAGGAUUCCUGCAACGGAGAUUCCGGAGGUCCACUUUUCUGGAUAUCUGUAGAGGACGGUAGAGCUAAAUACGUGCAGGCUGGCAUUGUAUCUUUUGGCGCCAAAAAUUGCGGUUCUUUCGGCCUACCGGGGAUUUACACCAAGGUGCAGCCUUACGUGAAUUGGAUAAUAGAUCAAGUAGAACCUUGAUAUUAAAUUAUUUAUAUAAAUGAUUUGUAUAGAAGUGGUAAAAUGGCUUCAAUGUAAGAUAGAAUUUAAGUAUAUAGGUAUUCGUUGAAAUACACAUAUACAGGGUGGCCUUUUGUAAUCGAACCAGAUGAGAUAACAGGCGGAAUUAACUCAUUUCGAAAAAAUGCUCGGACACGUCGAUUUUAUAGAGUAUUCGACUGGCUGCACCAAUGCGAAUUAAUUCGAAUUUUUGUAGAGCUAAAUGACAUAAUCAGCUCGAAUUAAUUCGCAUUGGUGCAGCCAUACACUGUCAUACACCAGACAUCAACAUAAUGUCAGUUUCUCCCAUCAGCAAUAAUAUUUUUAUGUUAGGAACAGUGAAAGAAAACAAUUUCAAAAUACAUGUUCCGAGACCCUUCGAUGAAAAAACAACAUCGAUAAUUGCGGAAACACUUCAAAAUUGUAGACUAUUGGGGAAUCAAAUAAAAUAUUAAACUAAAUGUUCAAACGGUCCUCCUGCCUCGCCCAUAAGGAGUGAUUCUGCUCAAAUCUAGUCCUCACGUUUUGUAGCAUAAUUGGGUUCAUUUUUCUACAUUCUUCAAUUAUUCGUCUCCUCAACACCUCCAAUGAUACUAGCUGCGUAGCGUAGAUUUUGCUUUUUAAAUGACUUCAGGAAAAAAAUUGUUCGGUGAAAUUUUUUUGCAAGCUCUAAAACGUACUUUUAUUGACGUAUUUUUGUUAUUUUUUUAAAAUAAAAAAAUCAUUCAACAGGCCUUUCUGCCAAGGAAUGAACCAUUUUCACCUUAAUGGUUGAUGAAAGUAAUAAAAAUUAAUCAUUUUAUUGUCUGCUGGUUAUUCAGGUAACGAUUAUCAUUGUAACCACAGAAUAAAUCAGUAAAAAUUUCAUUAAUCUGCAUAGCAUGCUUAACGGAAUGUACUGUACAAAUACUGUACAAAAUUUAAAUUUGAAUAUAUCGAAGACGAAUGGAUUAUAUGAAAAAAAAAAUAAUAUGCUGGUCAUAUUCAAAUAAGGUAUCACUGAUCCCAACUUUCCUAUUCAAAAUUUAGGGGUUGGUUUUCUAUCAUAAAGGGUUGAAGCGAUAUGGUUUGGAAUUUGAUGUUAAAAGUUGUCCUCCUCGUAUCAAAAAUCGACGUGUCCGAGUAUUUUUUCCAAAUAAAUUCAUUUUGUCUGUUAUCUCAUCUGUUCUCUUUUCAA